AUGGUAUGUUGUUUAAAUAUUUGACUUAUUUGGUGCGUUUCGUUAUUUGCUCUCUAAAAUAUGGCGUAAUUAAUGACGAAUUAUAUGAUAGAAUUCGAUGCUCAGAACUCAGGAAAUGGCAUUUCCGGGGUUCAAAUUUCAAAAAUUUUCCGGGGGGGGAAUGCCCCCGGACCCCCCUAAUUAUUGACGGUUUUGGAGUGCGCCACGGUCAGGGUUUAGGCUGGAUCCGCGCCUGUGGCAAGAAUAUAUCAGAUUUGCAAAAAGCUACGGGUAUUCGACGGUUACCACCUGCGAGGAAGGUUUACCAUACAUGAGGUCAGUGAGGAAGGUUUAAUGGAGAACACUGUACGCAACACAACACCAUAAAAAAUAAACGAUACUUACCUAGGCAGGUAAUGAUAGUACCGAUACCAGAUGAACUGUUACAUUGGAGAAUACUGAGGAAUGCAAUAAAAACUGAAAAUGGUGUCGAGCGUCUGCGUUUUCGCGUUUACUUUGGUUCAACAAAAAUGGCACCAAAGCUAAGCUAUUUAAAGUACACAUGACAUGCAUUUUUUGGCCUUAUUUGUAUUGCUUUACUAGAAAGUACCCUUCAAAUGAUGAAGAAUGGUGGUUACAGUUUUCUCAUAUCUUAUCUCAAUCCAGAGUUAUUACAGUUUUUGUAAUUUGAGUUAUGACGUCAUAAGUUGUGCUAAAGUUUGCAAGAAAAACAUAAAGUGGUAUAUCUCCAAGAUGAUUUGAGCAAAUGGAAUGAAACUUUACACAGUUGUUAAGUGCAGUCAAGUACCCAGUCUCCGCGCAUCAAGUCACACGGUUCCUGCUGUAUACUGGCUAAGAAAAGCGCCUGCUUCACAGUUUUUAGUUGACAAGUACUAAAAUGUUCCCAUGAAGAAUAUAAGCAAUGAAAACAACAGAAAUAGCCAUUUCUGCAUUCAACAACUGUGCAAAGUUUCAUUUCAUUUGCUCUAAUCAUCUUGGAGAUAUUCCACUUUAAGUUUUUCUUGCAACUUUUAGCACAGCUCAUGACGUCAUAGCUCAAUUUACAAAAACUGUAAUCACUCUGCAUUGAGAUGAGAUAUGAAAAAACUGUAACCACCAUUCUUCAUCAUCUGAAGGGUACUUUUAGCUUAUCAUAAACACACACAGUUAUGUAUUAGAACAUUUCCUGACGCCUUAUUGCAAUGGCUUUCUGGCGACCGGCGUUUCUGUAGCAAUCGUAAAGGCCCAUUUCCACUCAGGAACAUUUUCCGCAGAAAGAAAAUUUUGUAAAAUGUAAUUGACCGACACAAAUUUUGCGUCGGAAAAAAUUUUGAGGUUGAAAUAGCAAUGAUAUUUUUGGAACAUUUUCUGUCCGUGGAAGUUUUUCUUCAGUGGAAAUGGGUCGCCAGACGCCAGUCUGUACUGUUUGUCUGUAUGUGAGCACAAUGCAAUCAACCAGCUGAUCAAUGCUAAAUACUAGUGAGUAGAAAAUAGGAAUGAGAAGGAAUUUAUACAUUUUGCGAUUGGAAAAAGCCAUAAUUCAUGCACAGUAUUUUGAGGUUUUGAAAAUCUGAAAUUUUACCCGGAGGAAGGUUGAAUACUUUUUGCAACUCUGGAAUAUGUAACUCGUUACUGUGGUUAAGCCUUUCCCAAAUACCCCUCUAGGGUAUUAAGUUUUCUAAAGUAUUCAUUUAACUUUGAUAAAGCUUCAUCUUUUGUUGGCGCUUUAAAAGAUUUAUCGUUGAAAUUAAUUUGUCUUCACUGUCUCAUUUUCUUCCCACCCAAUCUUGACCAUAUGCAUUUUCUAUUCAUUCCACCAUUUUCCAUUCCCGAUCAUUUAUAAUGUCCGGUUCCAUGAACGUCACAAUUCACAUGAAUGCAUCUGUUAUUUUAAGAACGAAGACGAUACAUUACCCAACUCCAGCACAGAUACGACAAAUGACGAAAGGCCUUUUCAAACUACACCCACUGAUGGCGAUCGAUUGCCAUCAUCUGUCGAUAUAGCAAAUGAAGGCACGUCAAAGCCAUUAAUAGAUAAAGAAGUUUUACAAAACGAUUCAGCACAGCAGAUACACAGCGUAGAUAAACCUAGUAUUUCUGAAGAAACAAAAGCUGUAGCACAAGAACUUAAAGAUAAAACUCCGUCGUUAAGGAUUUCUAGAGCACCAUUAUCAGAAUCAGGUAAAACUUUUGUUGUUUGAAUUUUUAUAUUAAUUGUUGACUUGCAGUGAGUUAUUUUAGCUCUUUGUUUUAUUUUGAAACUUUAAAAUUGUUAUAAUUAAGUAUCGCAUCAUACAUUAAUGAUAUUUUUAAGCAUUUCUGUAUCACUUCAGCAAAGAGGGUACUUAUAUUUUAUACUCUGGGAUAUGAAAUAAUGACUACAAUAAAUCUAGUAAAUGUAAAAAUUUCAGACGUUUUGAACACAACAACAAACAAACUGCGUAGCAUGACAAAAAUUUCCUGCAACAUGCACGUAACAGAAUUUCCUGCAAAGACAUUGAUCGAUUUCUGUGCCACAAUUUUGCAGGGAAACAUUCCUUAAUUAAUGUUGUUUUCUAUUUUAGAUUUAAGUAUUCCGAUUCUUCCCGCUUCAUAUUUAUCGAUUACGUUUACUGAUGUAGUACGGAGGGUAUGUAUACAGUUUAAUGUCAGUAAUUUAUUUAUUUAUUAAUUUAUUAAACUUUGCCAAAAACACUUAACAGAACAGCAAACGGACAUCUAGACAAUAAACAUUGUCAUGGACAAAAAUGGCAGGGACACCACAACAGUGUAAAUCAAUUACUGUGGGCCCUAUACAAAAAUACACAUACAAUAUACAAAUAAUGAAUGUUUAUGAGUGCAAUGGUAAGAAUAUUUUCAUGAGGUGAAAGAUGGAAUGUUCCAUUGAACGAGGCGACAGCCGAGUUGAAUGGAACAUUCCAUCUUUCACCGAAUGAAAAUAUUCUUACCAUUGCACGAAUAAAAACAUUCAUUAUUUGUUUUAUAUAAUACCAAAAUAGACAAAUAUUAAAAGGUUUACUGUAAGCUCCCGCCAUUUUGACGAGUCGUAUUUGCAUUAAAUCCCAUUCCCAUUUACUGAGUUUCGAAUAUCGGGUUAAAAUAAACAGCGAUCACCGUACGAGAAGCAUUUUAACGGAUGCGAUUUAUCGAAAACACAAAGAGUGCAAUGGAAUGAAACGUAUAGUACAAUUGCACUCGCAAGAGUGCAAUGGAACGUAUUCCAUUGCACUCUUGGGAAAUGGAAUUUUCUAUUCAAUAUCACGUGAUCAUAAACAGCCAAUUAGACGAUCAGAAUUCAAUAAGGUAUUAUAUAAUACAGAAUAUAUAACAUACAGUACAUGGACAAAUGACUAAAAACAACAAGUUAGUUCAGAACGUAAGUAACGACUAGUGUUACACUUCAGACAUAUAGUCUUCCAUGUCCUCGGAUCUUCUUCGUCGAAGCAUUCUCUCAGGGCUGUCAGGUAGUAAGUUUGUAAAUCGGUUUUGAAUUGCCUAAUAUUAAUGUCAGGAGAUCUUAGUGUAGUUGGUAGAGAGUUCCAAGUUCUGGAUGCACGAAUAAAGAAGGAGCGUUGGUAGGUAGAGGUUUUGCAUUUGGCCGGACGGAAGGAGAUUUGGUUGCCACUGGAGGAUCUGGUCGUUCUGGUUUGGGACAUGACUUCGGGUAGGACGUCAUGAGACACGUUGACCAAGCCGUUCACCGCUUUGAAAAAGAACACGAGAUCCAAGUAUUCAUGCCAGUAAGAUAGCGGUAAGAGGCCCAAACUGGCAAGUCGUUCCCGAUAAGUCUCACUGCACAAGUACGAAAGGUUUAAAAUGUACUUGGGAGCAGCAUGCAACUACUUCGUCUGGUCGUGUCUCUUGAAAGUUUUUGAAAGUAGAUAUUAAAGAAGUUCAGAUUUGAUUCCACUACAGCCACCAUUAAGGAUUAACCAAUCAGAUGCGUUUGAUAUAUGCGAUUAACCAAUCAGAUGCGUACUAAGCCAGCGAAAGUUAUAGUGGUAGCGGUAGUCAAAUCUGAACUUCUCUAUUAAAGGAAAAGAACCAAAUGACUGUAAAAUGCUAAAACAAGUUUAUUUUCUGAAAGUUGAUAUCAUUGUUGAAAAUUAUAUUAUUGUAAAGAGUUUCCCGCAAUUCAUCCAUUUUUUUAUAACGCUUUCUUGAAGACAUGAUUGUAAAUAAUCAGAAAGUGAAAUUCUCUCUUACACAACCAGUGACACGAAGGAUCUAGGAGGCCACUCCCCUGCCCCGCUGUUCCACUUUUAUUCUCCAAAGUACUGUAUACCUAAUUAGUAGAAAAUGGAAUUCAUCAGCAAAGAAACGUAAAUGUUAGUGUUAUACCAAUGUUGGUCGUGCGAAUUAAAGACAUCUGUCCAUUCUGUUUAGGUCCCUCCCCGGCCCUUUCCCUCAGUUAAAAGGCCACUAACAGAGUGAAACAACUAAUAAACAGUAAAUAUCUUACUGCUCGUGCAAUAUACUGUACGCUUUCGAUAAUUACGUCACAAAUCUCUCAUUUUCAGAAUGAGUUACCUUACGCUUUGAUUAUUUGGUGAGGUUCCAAGGCCAAGAAUUCAGUGCUCGUGACGUCAUUAUAGACAGGAUGAAUUAAGGAUUUUGAUUAAUCGUGAUAUUUUACGUUUAUUUAAUUAAUACAGUAUGUAUCUGUUUGUAGGAUACUUCAUCAUGUCCUUGGCAAGGUGGAGUCGAAUUCCCAGGCAGUGCUUCGCCAAUAACACAAUCAAAGAUUGUUAGUGCAUGUCUGAUGACUAAAGACAAUGCUGUAAAAACCGCUUACUGCUUAACUUUGGACACAGGUGUAUGUACUUUAUUAUUGGCCACGUUUUUUGUGUUUAGUUGUGUAUAGGAGCCAUAGGGCUUCUUUCUUGUUUACCAUAAACAGCUAGCUUGCCAGAAAAAAGCGGAAUGGCAUUGAAAAUAGCUUCUUUACUUUAUAGCUAUUUAGGAUGGAUAAAAUCAAACGUUUUUGUUGUAGAGUUACAUUUGGAGUGUUCGCCUAGUUUUCAAGAACUGAAAUAUGUCCCGGUGUUUGCCUCAACCUUUUAGGAUAUUGUACUUGACUACAGCCCUGGUGAUUCUUUUGGAAUUAUUUGUCCCAAUAAUGAAAAUGAAGUUGAAGAUCUUAUAACUAGGCAAGUUCUACUUCAAAUUUGUUGUUGUGCUCUCUGUCUCACCAUACUUUGCAUUACUUUAUCUUACCUUUAAUUCUUAGCAUAAUAAAUUCUUAGCGUAAUAAGACUACUUACAGUACAUGGUCUCACUAUGUUUGUAGAUUGGAUUAUCAAGAUCAAGCGAACCAUGUAUUUACACUAGAAGCAAAAGAAACAGUGGGAAACAAAAAGCGAGGUACAUUGUCCAUCAUUAUUGUUAUUUAAAGUUGUCUGAUGGCAUUCUAAUACUAUAUAUCUAUCAUUUCAUCAAACCUAUGGUGAGAAUGUAUGACUAAUUUCUCUGCCACCUUUUAGCUAAAGGACGACCAGACUAUAUUCCGCAAGAGUGUACCAUAAGGCAAGCUUUGGCAAGCUGUCUAGAAAUCAGAACUGUUCCAAGAAAGG